AUGCCGUAUACGCCGGACGCAUCACUCUUGGCCGAUGACGACACUUUCGAGGAAACGAUGGAAACACUUGAGGUGAGAGUAAGCUUAAUGAACAAUGAACUCUCGGCUUUCAAGGCAUUAGCAGUAGAUCAACGAACUCUAGUCGCUGCCAAGCUGGCCUUGGAGCAACACGAUGUGUUCUGUCAAGAAAUCAAACUGCUUGACAGACGAGUACGUCGGCUAGCAGGUCCAGAUAACAAGAGUCACAGGUACUUUGUCACUAAAGGAUUGGAAAGUGCUCAUAAUCAGUAUUUUAUUGGUAAGAGAUACUUCACUGAAUUGAUACACGCAUUGAACUCAAAUCCUCCACCAGCAGCAGCCGCUCCACAACCAAGCUCCAGCCUCCCAUUCAAGUUUGAAAAAAUCAAAUUGCCCAGGUUUAAUGGAGAGAGCUCCAAAUGGAUCAACUAUAGAAACCUCUGGCUUUCAACCAUUCAGAAUGACUUGAAUAGUUCCGAGGUUCAGAAAUUUCACCUCCUGCGCGCUUCACUCGAUGGUGAGGCCUUCGCCCUAAUCGAGAACAUUAAGGGCCUCUUCAGCAUCAAGAAGAUAAAGAAUGAAUUAAGCGACGAAGUACGAUGCCUGUAUGAUGAGACCACUCGUGCUUGUGAACAACUAGCCAACAUUGGCAGGAAGGUCGACCAAUGGAACGACUUGCUGGUCUAUCUCACAGUUAAUAAACUGGAUGUCGAGACGUGCAAAUACUUUGAGUUACAUGCCAACUCAACCAAAGUAUUCCCCACACUGGAUCAAAUCAAAAAAUUCCUAGACGAUCGUGCUCUCAGGCUGUCCCGAAUGCCUGUCACCCCAUCGAACCUCAAGACUCAUCAAAAAUACACAGCCAAAGCGCUCCACUCCUCAACAGAACCCAAGGUCGUAUGCCCUGCUUGUGACUACGAGCGGAAGGAGUGCGAGAAUACGGGUCGCUGUCGUUAUUGCAAGAGAAAGCAUCACUCGCUGCUCUGUAACUCUCGACGUCAGCCAGCCAAGGACAAGAAUCACAGUAGUGCUGCUCACGCAACAGUUGACAGUAGUGAUAGUGAGUCAGUCACAUCGAGUUCGAGCUCAGAUGAGGAAAUCGCACUACAAGACGAAACCCUGGCUAACGACACAGUGGCAUGUCAAGUUAGCCCACUCAAUGCAGCACCUGAGAAUUCCAUUCUACUCGCCACUGCUAUUGUACGACUCCGAUCCAAGGAUGGACGAACAGUUUCGGUAAGAGCACUGCUUCAUCAAGGCUCACAGCUAACAUUCGUUAGCAAGUCCAUCGCCCAAGCGCGUCGUGCUCCCCGUACUAGCGUAGAUAUAACGAUUGCUGGAGUCAACGGAACCAGGGCAGCUUCUUGUCGCUCUGCCAUUACUUGUGAGCUGCUUCCUGGUGAUGGUAAAACCCCCAUUCUCUCCAUCACUGCCCACGUACUCCCAAAACUGACGUCUUUCAUUUCACUACACGCUACCACCGGAGCACAAUGGAACCACCUCAAGGGACUCAAGCUCGCUGACCCAAUUAACUCCAACAAGCAAAGAAUCGAGCUGAUAAUUGGCGCGAGUCUAUACCCAGAAGUCAUCCUGGAAGGCACUCGGAAGGGCCCAGCCAACACUCCUUUAGCGCAGGAAGCACUGCACUGUACCAUUAGGGAACCAGUCGACACACUGAUUCGUCAAUUCUGGGAAUUAGAGAUCUCGACAACCAUAGGGCUAAAUAAGGAUGAGCAAAAGUGCGAAAAUCACUUCAAGGAAACUCACUCACGUAGACCAGACGGAAGGUAUUCAGUACACCUGCCUUUGAAGGGAACCCUCCCUUUGAACAUUGGAGAGUCUUACAGAAUAGCUUUCAAGUGCUUGGAACGCCAGAGAACCCGUCUUCGCUCCACUCCUCACCAUCAAAUCGAGUACGAUAAGUUCCUUCAAGAAUAUCUCGAUCUCGGCCACAUGGAACCAUCACCCGAGUUCGACUCAGAGAACUUGAAACCCGUGUACUUGCCCCAUCAUGCAGUAUUGAGAAAGGAUAGCACCACGUCGCCCCUUCGAGUAGUCUUCAACGCAUCCAGUAAGACUACAAAUCAUACUACAUUGAACGAUCAUCUGCUCAUCGGUCCACAACUGCUCCCAGACUUAUUCGAUGUCAUCUUACGAUGGAGGAUGCACCCAGUGGCCUUGCGGGCAGACGUCGAAAAAAUGUUUCGUCAAAUACUGGUAGACCCUGAAGAGAGGCAUCUCCAACGAAUUCUCUGGCGAGAACCUACUUCCCAUGUGGUCAAAUCAUUCGACUUGAAAACAGUGACGUAUGGAACAGCCCCAGUACCGUACGUAGUGAAUCGAGUGCUGAAACAACUUGCACCUGACGAACGUCACUCAUAUCCCAGAGCUGCGACCAUCCUCCAGCGAGAUUUUUAUGUUGAUAACGCCUUAUUCGGAGCAAACUCAGUCGAGGAAGCUCAACAGCUCACUUUAUAA